CUGUUAUCGAUUCUGCAAUGGAAAGACGAUACAUACUUGGUCUUCUUCUUAUGGCCACCUUGGUACUGCAGACUGAAACAGCAUCGAAAUUGAAACUCGGAACUGGCACUCAAACUUCAUUUCCUUCUGGGAAGUUAAGAGUCUUCCAUAAUGGAGAGUGGGGAACAAUAUGUCAUGACGGAUGGAGCAUGAAAAACACCCAYAUCGCUUGCAAAGAGCUUGGCUACACUAGAGGCUUGGCAUAUACUCCCAUGGGGGGAAGRAGUAAGAGGAGAGUUUGGUUAGGUAAUGUUGUGUGUACUGGUAUGGAGAGAUCUCUAGAUCAAUGCUCUCACAAUGGAUGGGGGACCCACGACUGCACUCAUGGUCAAGAUGUUGGAAUUGUUUGCUACGACAGUAAAGAACCAAUUGAUGUGCGACUCGUUGAGGGAAAGGUAGCAUCAGAAGGUCGUAUAGAAAUCAAGUAUAAUGGUACUUGGGGUACUGUUUGUGAUUAUAAUUGGAAAAUCAAAGAAGCUAACGUCAUAUGCAGGAUGUUGGGGUAUGAGAAGGCGUUAAAGCUUGUCCGUAUUGGAUCAGGAAACGGACCAAUAUGGCUGGACGAUGUGACGUGUAAAGGUGUUGAGUCAUCUAUUGAGGAAUGUCGUCAUAGAGGCUGGGGAGUUACAGAAUGUGAUCAUGAUGACGACAUUGGCACUAUCUGUCAACCACGAGCAACUUCAGUUAUCAAGAUUCGUUUGGCCGAUGGUGUAGUACCCCAUACAGGAAAACUUCAAAUUCAAUACAACAAAACAACAUGGGAGGAUGUUGGUUCGGACAGGUUUGACUUAAAGGAUGCACAUGUAGUUUGUCGAGCGCUUGGUUUCAGUAAAGCAAUGACUCUUUUUUCUCAUUCUACUAAUUCUACGGUUAUAUUUACGAUAACUGUGGACUGCAAUGGCCAUGAAAUGUCUAGCACUCAUUGUCAAGUUAGAAUACAACAGAUCUUGCCCUGCAACAACAUGAGUGUUAUUGGGAUAGUUUGUAAGCCAUCGUCAGAAUCGUGGAAAACUAAUUUGCGUCUGACUCAAGGCUCCUCGGCCAUGGAGGGCCUGGUUGAGAUCCAGCAGUACGGAGUYUGGGGCACAAUCUGCAGCCAUGGAUGGAGCAUGCGCGAUGCCAACGUGGUUUGUCGCAUGCUCAAUUACACAGGAGCAGUUACCGCAUUUCAGAAAUUUGGUAACGGAAAAGGUCCAAUAUGGCUUACAGAGSUAAAAUGUAAGGGAGACGAGAAGGACAUAUUAAACUGCACUCACRCUGGCCUCGGUCAGACAAGCUUGUGUAGUCAURGCAACGACGCAGGAGUCRUUUGUCACUCAUAUUCAGAUGACGUACAAGUACGUUUAGUAGGAGGGGRUACUCCGUAUUCAGGCCAAGUACAAGUCAGAUUCAAUGGUCAAUGGGGAGCAAUAUGUGGGUAUUAUUGGGACAUCGAAGAGGCCAGCGUCGUGUGCCGAAUGUUAAACUACGGAAGAGCUUUAGCCGCUUUCAGUCAUUACAGUAAAGGCAGCUCCAAAUUUUGGUUGAACGGUGUUCGCUGCUCUGGUAUGGAGACCUCGAUCUYAAUGUGUGAUCAUUGGGGAUGGGGAAAAAGAUUGUGUCGUCAMGAUGAUGACGUUGGAGUGAUAUGUGAAGGACCUACAUCUCUGGUUCCAAACGUAAGCUUUCGUCUGGCGGGUGGCAGCACACCAAACCAAGGCCGAGUAGAGGUUCGAUAUUACGGAGUCUGGGGCACAGUUUGUCAGCAUUACUGGAAACUAACAGAUGCUCACGUGGUCUGUCGCAUGCUCAACUAUAGCARAGCAUCUUGGGCAGGGCAAGCAGAAAAGCAUGAAAAGAGUCCGGUUAUAUUAACACGUCUUGGUUGCCGUGGAAACGAAAGGAGUAUUGAUCAMUGUCAUCCUCGCUGGGGAGUCUGGUACUGCUACACUACAAAGGACGCGGGAGUYAGAUGCGAAGAUAUUUCACAAGAUGAGUUGUCAGUCAAGGCUCGUCUCGUCGAAUUCGAUGGAGAAAGACAUGCCCAUUUUGGUGGRGUAGAAGURAGAUACAACGAGACRUGGAUACCAGUCUGUGRUGAUACCUGGGAUAUAUCAGACGCUCAUGUGGUCUGCAGAAUGCUUGGUUACAAAGGAGCUCUUGCAGCAUUAAAAAAGUUUGGUCCUGGAAGGCGGGGAGGAYUGUGGAUGGGUGGAGUCGAAUGCAGUGGCGACGAAAGAUCGAUCAGCGAAUGUUAUCAUCGUGGAUGGACGAACACUGGUUGCCCGGACAACUACUAUGCUGGUGUCAUGUGUAAACCAGCAAAAGAUCUUCCACCAGUAGAACUUUGUUUGGAAGACGGAAGUUCAUCCAACUCUGGUCGUGUUGCUGUUCGCUAUGGUAACGUAUGGRGUACAAUAUGUAAYAGGGGACUGGACAUCAACGAUGCUAAAGUGAUUUGUGGUAUGCUUGGCUACCCUGGGGCAAGUAAGGUGUAUCCAAAGUCCAGCUUCAGACCUGGAAAUGGUACUAUCUGGUUGAGUAACCUGGAGUGUAAUGGAACAGAGAAGUCGAUUGUUGACUGUCGUCAUCCAGGAUGGGGACAAACAACGUGUAACCAUGACGACGAUGKAGCCAUCGUAUGCCAAAUAGCUGAUGCACCUCGAUUAGUUGUAAAUGGUUCAAAUGCAGUCACAACAUCAACAGUGACUCUUGAAGUACAUCAAUCAAACAAGACAGACACCGGAUUGAUAAGUUUGAUGCAGUUUAUCGUAGAAGAGUUAAAAGACCAAGUUCUUUUCAAUUCAUUGGACCCCAUCCGAGCAGUCUUGCCAUCCAAAUUAGAAAACAAAACAGUAGCAACAGAAGUAUCUUCUUCAUUCUACAUUACUGCUGAGCUCCUGGGUCCCAUCUCGAACCUUACGAUUGGUGACGGUCAAUAUUACCAUGGUUACUACAACGCACCGCUGGAACCCGGAUCGAUGUAUAGAGUACAUGUGAGAAUGGUUACCAUAGCAAUGGAUGGGAAUAGAGUUUACAGCAAAGACUCUUUUGUGAUGUUUGCUACAAAACCAGACAACCAUCGCACAGAAGAAAAACGACUGAAUGAAAGGAAGAGUUUUCCUGAAGUCAUUGUGAUUUGCUUCUCAAUUGCCAUCAUUGUUCUGAUCAUCGUGAUAAUKGGAUGCUUUGUCAGGCUCAAUAUGAGAAAGAGGAAGAAAAAUGCUAAAAUAAAAGCUACUGAAAAUUCAGAUAAUGCGAUGAUACCAGCCGAUGUCAUCAAAGCCACCGAAGAUGCGCACUAUCAACCUCUUAUGACGUUCUUACCUGACCAAUCAGACGACAAAUGUCAUGGCAACACACUUACCCAACAACAAGGUUCUUGCUAUMAGCCUGCAAGAAACAGAAAUGUUGAGCCCAUUUAUGCAAAUAUUCACUAAUGGCUUUAUGGCAACAGUACUUCAGCUCUGCGACAGCAUUCCUUUUCAAAGAAUAUCUCAUUAUAACACUUACAGUUAUAAUGUAAUCCUUUUCGGCAGAUUCAAAUGCUAUGAAACGAUCAAUAUUUGUAGUGAUAUAUCGGAGCGAUCUCACCAAGCAAUGUUAGAUCCCCCCACAUUAUGAUACCUUUUUAACUUCUCAUAUUCAGACCACGUGUCGUUCUCUUGAGAAUAACAUUYUUUGUUUGAGUUGUGUUCAUAUUCAUGUGUCUUCUCGUGUGCUACUUUAAACAAAGGAAUGACACUCUAGGGARUGACACGCGGUUUGCAAUGGGAAACAUUAUGUCCAAGUUAAUAAGGUCUAUUUGUUGUAGCGUCAGAUUGUCUUUGAUAGAAGUAGAAGCGAGUUCUAGUUAUAUCGCAAAAUUUGGUGUACUGUUGCGCGCAACGUUUCGCGCAACGUACAACCACUGCACCCUGUGUUCAACAGUCCAGCUGUUGCGCUCUACCUCGCAGAAGUACAUAGACAUGAUUUGUACAUCGUUKCGCGGAGAGUAUCAACGUUUGAACGCGUCUACAGCRUGGUGGUCCCAUACGAUACAGUAUGUUAUCAUUUUGAAACUGGUUAUUUGUUAUCACUAAUCAACACAGCUAAGACAGCAGGUGCGCAACUCAACGAGGUUGAACUGGAAGCAUGUGAAGGCGCCUCUGGCAGCCACUAUACAGUCCACAUAUGACCCCGAAGCAUAGUUCUAACAAGUGUAAGUAAAAUACAAAAAGAGGAGGGGGGAGAAAAAAAGGGGGAAAAACAAAAGAUAUGAUUAAGAGAGCUCAUAAAUAGAAUGCAAGUAAAAGAAUUAUAAUAGAGCUAUCUUGUUUAUAAGAGAAAAUUAUCUGAUUAAAAAGCCUUUUUUCUUGAAUUUUUCUUAUUGGAGUUCUUUGAAUUUUCACUCAAAGGAUUCCAAUAUUUUGUAGCAGCGAAUCUAACAUUGAAUAAACCAUAACUAGUUAUUGCAUAUGGUAAAGGAUAGUUUGAAUUGGCUGCAAGUCUAGUGUUAUAACUGCAUGUGUCUUCUUUUAACAAACCGCAUCGUGAUCAGCAGUAGAACCAAUACMAUCAUAAUCAGCUCAAGAUCUAAUUUAGCUUUCUUUUAUGUUAUUCUUGACAUCAAACUGAAACUCUAAAGUUUGUAAUCAAGCUAAAAUUUUGAUGACAAGAUGGAAAAGACACAUCGCCAGGGCUUAGUUUCUGAAAUGUCAAACACUAUAUCAAAGUAUCUCUUUGAAAUUCUGUUAACAUUAAGUUAAAAAUCUUACGCUUAGGCUUACCUUCGA